AUGGAGAGGGCUCUCACUAAAGUUAGCAGCUUGAAGGUGGGGUUGGGGAAUUCAUGGAUCACCAAGAAGGCCAAGGAGGAGUUCUCUAACAUCUCUGAAGACAUCUCUACCUUCUCAAAUACGGUUGAAGAAAAGGCAAAGUGGAUCUUCAACAAACUAAAAGGCAAGCCCCAGAAAAGCCUACCGGAACUCCUCCGAGAUUACAAUUUACCAGCAGGGCUAUUUCCACAGAACAUAAUCUGUUAUGAGUUUGAUGAAACCAAGGGUAAGCUGAUUGUGUAUUUGCCAUCUGCAAGUGAGGUUGGUUUCAAGGACUCUUCUGUGGUGAGAUAUGCAACCCGAGUGAAAGGGGUUCUUACAAGGGGAAAGCUUUCAGCAAUAGAUGGAAUGAAGACAAAGGUUCUGGUGUGGGUGAAGGUGACAAGUGUGGCAGUUGAAGGAUACAAGUCUGAUAAGUUGUGGUUUACCGCAGGUGUAAAGAAGUCAAGGCCAAAGGAUGCAUAUGAUGCGCCUCGGGAUGCUGUCAGGGUAUCAGAAUUCUGA